AUGGACUCCAGGUUGCAUAGAUUGAUUAACUUAGAAGUCACUCCAGGUAAGGAUGUCAGAAAGACUGCCAUUAUUGGUACCAUUGGUCCCAAGACUAACAAUGUUGACACAUUAGUUGCUUUGAGAAAGGCUGGUUUGAAUAUUGUCCGUAUGAACUUCUCUCAUGGUUCUUACGAAUACCACCAAUCUGUGAUUGAUAACGCCAGAAAGUCAGAACAGGUUUAUCCUGGUAGACCAUUGGCCAUUGCCUUGGACACCAAGGGUCCAGAGAUUAGAACAGGUACCAAUGUUGACGAUGUUGACUACCCAAUUCCACCAAAUCAUGAGAUGAUCUUCACUACUGAUGAUAAAUAUGCCAAGGCAUGUGAUGACAAGAUCAUGUAUGUUGAUUAUAAGAACAUCACCAAAGUGAUUCAACCAGGUAAAGUCAUCUAUGUUGAUGACGGUGUUUUGUCUUUUGAAGUCUUAGAAGUCGUCGACGAUAAGACCUUGAAGGUCAAAUCCUUAAAUGCAGGUAAAAUUUCUUCUCAUAAAGGUGUUAACUUGCCAGGAACUGAUGUCGACUUACCAGCUUUAUCUGAAAAGGACAAAGAAGAUUUGAGAUUCGGUGUCAAAAAUGGUGUUCAUAUGAUCUUUGCCUCUUUUAUCAGAACUGCACAAGAUGUCUUGACUAUCAGAGAAGUACUGGGCGAGGAAGGUAAAGACAUAAAAGUCAUUGUUAAGAUAGAAAACCAGCAAGGUGUCAAUAACUUUGAUGAGAUUUUGGAAGUGGCCCAUGGUGUUAUGGUUGCCAGAGGUGACUUGGGUAUCGAAAUUCCGGCACCACAGGUCUUGGCCGUUCAAAAGAAACUUAUAGCUAAAUGUAACUUGGCUGGUAAGCCAGUCAUUUGUGCUACUCAAAUGCUAGAGUCCAUGACAUUCAACCCAAGACCAACCAGAGCUGAAGUUUCUGAUGUUGGUAACGCUAUAUUGGAUGGUGCUGAUUGUGUCAUGUUGUCUGGAGAAACUGCUAAAGGUAAUUACCCCAUCAAUGCUGUCACAACAAUGGCAGAAACUGCCAUUAUCGCUGAACGAGCCAUUGCUUAUAUGCCAUUGUAUGAUGAUUUGAGAAAUUGUACUCCAAAACCAACAUCGACAACAGAGACUGUUGCUGCCUCGGCAGUUGCAGCUGUUCAAGAGCAAGGUGCCAAACUUAUUUUGGUACUAUCUACUUCUGGUAACACUGCAAGAUUAGUCUCCAAGUAUAGACCUCAAUGCCCAAUCGUUUUGGUUACAAGAAACCCAAGAACUGCUAGAUUUUCUCAUUUAUUCAGAGGUGUGUUCCCAUUUGUUUAUGAAAAAGAACCACUAGAUGACUGGAGUGAGGAUACCCACGCUCGUUUGAGAUUUGGUGUCGAUAUGGCCAAAGAAUAUGGCUUUGUUAAGAAUGGUGAUGCAGUUAUUUCCAUUCAAGGUUUCAAGGGUGGUGUUGGUCACUCUAAUACUAUGCGUGUUUCCAUUGUAGGUGGAGAAAAGGAGGAUAUCUGA